GUAAUCACUUUAGUGAGAACGAAGAGAGGGAAGGGCUCUGCACGUUCCUCCGGGGCAGCUCUUAGCCCCGCCCCCUAACCCUCCGGGCCCCAAUUGGAGUUAGCACCGCCUCAGUCCGGGCCUUCGGAGCACGCGCAUAAACCCCCUCUGGCCUCGGAACUACGCUUCCCAGAAGUCCCUGCAGAAGACGACGGUUGUCAUAGGAAUGGUUGGCUGGGGCAGGAGGAGGUACAUGCCGGUAGAAGGCUCUGCUGAUUCUUGAAGGGCAUGGUCCCAGCCAUCUUCACAGCUGAAGCCCAGGAGUCUCUGACCUUCGAGGAUGUGGCUGUGGAAUUCACCCAGGAGGAGUGGGGGCACCUGGACUCUGCGCAGAGGAACCUGUUUAGGGACGUGAUGCUGGAGAACUACAGGAACCUCGUCUCCCUGGGGCUGACAGUCACCAAACCAGAUCUCCUCUUCCAUUUGGAGAGAGGAGAAGCACCGUGGGCUCCACAGAGGCAAGUGCCAGGAGGUGGCGCUUCAGACUGCCCUUCUUGGGAGCCUAGGUAUGAAGCCACUGAGGAAGUCCCACUAUGGGGUAUUUCUAUGGGACAGUCAUCCAAGAAAAGGCUCAAAAGGGAUUGUUCCAGGAAUUCCAAGUUAGGAGAAACGUUGGAAUGUGGUGUUGGCUCAGAGCAACAGGACAGCCACCAGAACCUCUCCAAGCAGAUGAUAAUCACAGAGAGAAAAGCUCCUUUAAAAGCCAGCGAAUGUGAUAGAUUUGGAAAAGGUUUUGGUGUAGGGACAGUUCUGAUUGCACAAAAGGGAGUUCACGCAGGAAAAUAUGUAAGUAAAUGUGAUGCACGUGGAACAAACUUCAACUGUAAUGGCAUCUUCUCGGAGAAGAAGCUUUGCAAAUCUAAAUACAGUAAGUCAUUUGGGCGCCAUUCAGAACUUAGUGAACAUCACAGAAAAUAUAUUGAAGAAAAGCCAUGUGAGUGUAAUGAAUGUGGGAGGUCCUUGGACAGGUGUGGAUCUCCCACUGACCAUGAGAAAAGUCAUCCUGGAGAGGAAUCCUUGGAACGCUCGGAAGGUCUGCAAUCUUUUACAUGGCCAGGACGGUUAACGGAAUGUAAGAGAAUCCAUCCUGGAGAGAAACCCUUUGAAUGUAAUGACUGUGGGAAAUCCUUUCGAUGGAAUGGAGAGCUGACUGCCCACAAGAGAAUUCAUACUGGAGAGAAACCCUUUGAAUGUAAUGACUGUGGGAAAUCGUUUACAUGGAGUGGACAGCUCACCGAACACAAAAGGAUUCAUACUGGAGAGAAGCCAUUUAAAUGUAGAGAAUGUGGCAAAUCCUUUAACCGUGGGGGGCACCUAACCAGACACAAGCGGAUCCACACUGGAGAGAAGCCCUUUAAAUGCAGCGAGUGUGGGAAGUGCUUUAUCCGUAGCUGGCAGCUUACCACGCACAAGAGGAUUCACACUGGAGAGAAACCAUUUGAAUGUAGCGAGUGUGGAAAAUGCUUUAUUCAGUGCGGAGACCUCACUCGACAUAAACGAAUUCAUACUGGCGUGAAACCCUUUGAAUGUAGUCAGUGUGGAAAAUCUUUUAGCUGGAAACAAGAGCUUACUGCACACAUGAGAAUUCACACUGGGGAGAGACCCUUUGAAUGCAACGAAUGCAGGAAGUCCUUUCGGUGGAGGCAACAGCUUACCGCGCAUAAGAGAAUUCAUACUGCGCAGAAACUCCUUGAAGGGAGCAUCGCAGGGAAGGAAAUGACCUCUGGGUUCCUAAUAGCCACGUCCCAGGAAUCAGUGACCUUCAAGGAUGUCUCUGUGGACUUUACCCAGGGGGAGUGGGGCCAGCUGGACCUCUCCCAGAAGAACCUGUACCGAGAUGUGAUGUUGGAGAACUACAGGAACCUGGUGUCCCUGGGGCUGCAAGUUUUCAAACCAGAAGUCAUCUGCAGGUUGGAGCGAGGGGAAGCACCAUGGGUCCUGGAGAGGGAGAUCUCAAGAGGCCCCAGUCUGGAUUGGCCAGAAACCAGGGAGACAGUUUCAAUGGAGAGUUUUUAUAUGGCAGAAUUAUCCCAAGAAAGACUCAUAAGAGAUGAUUCUUGGGACUUCAAACUUGAAGAAGCCCCCAAGUGUAUUAGCAAGUUCAAGAGGGAGCAAGUCAACCAGGGAAGAGAGUUAAAGCAAAUAAUCACCCACAAGAGCAAUUCUAAUAAGAUGAAAAGUCACGAACAUGACAAAUUUAGGAGGAGUUCUAGUCACAGGUCAGUCUCUGUUAUACAGUGGAGUAGUCCUACAGAAAAGAUCAUCCAUAAAUAUGAUACAUAUGUAAAUAACUUCAAACAGUAUUCAGAUCUAGUUAAACAUAAUAGAAUCUCCUCAGGGAGGAAACUUUGGAAGAGUAAUGACUAUAAUAAAACCUUCUGUUACCACUCAGACCUUAUUCGCUAUCACAGACUCCCUACUGGAGAGAAAUCCUAUACAUAUCCUGAGUUUGGGAAAACCUUCCACCAAAAGCGACACCUUACUCAAUAUAAGAGAAUUCCUGCUGUAGAGAAACCAUAUAAAUGCACUGACUGUGAAAAAUCCUUCAGUAAUAGCACAUCCCUUAUUUUGCAUCAGAGAAUUCAUACUGGAGAGAAACCUUAUGAAUGUCUUGAAUGUGGGAAAACUUUUAGCCGAAGUAUGUACCUUACUCGCCACCAGAGAAUCCAUACGAGGGAGAGACCAUAUAAAUGUAGUGAAUGUGGGAAAGCCUUCAGUCAGAUUAUGUAUCUUGCCCGACAUCAGAAAAUUCAUACUGGAGAUAGGCCCUAUCAAUGUAAUGAAUGCGGAAAGGCCUUCAGCCAGAUUUUGUACCUCACUCGACAUCAAAGAACUCAUACUGGAGAGCGACCUUAUCAAUGUAACGAAUGUGGAAAAGCCUUUAGUCAGAUUAUGUACCUAACUCGGCAUCAGAGAAUUCAUACUGGAGAGAGACCCUAUAAAUGUAGUGAAUGUGGAAAAGCCUUCAGCAACAGCUCAUCUCUUAUCGUACAUCAGAGAAUUCAUACUGGAGAGAGACCCUAUAAGUGUGAUAUAUGUGAAAAGGCCUUCAGUCAGAGAGGACACCUUACUGAACAUCAGAAAAUUCAUAACAGGGAAAAACCCUACAAAUGUACUGAAUGUGGAAAAGCCUUUAGCCAAAUUAUGUACUUUAAUCAGCACCAGAGAAUUCAUACUGGAGAAAAACCAUAUAAAUGUAAUGAAUGUGGGAAGGCCUUCAGCAAUAGCUCAACUUUUAUUGUACAUCAUAGAAUUCACACUGGAGAAAAACCCUAUGAAUGUCUUGAAUGUGGAAAAGCCUUCAGCAAGUGCACAGGGCUUGUUCUGCAUAAACGAAUUCAUACUGGAGAGAAACCCUAUAAAUGUAAUGUAUGUGAAAAAACUUUUAGUCGGAGGGGUCACCUUACGGAACAUCAGAAAAUUCACAAUGGAGAGAAACCCUACAAAUGUGAUGAAUGUGGAAAAAGCUUUCGACAGAGAGGGCACCUUACUGAACAUCAGAGAACUCAUACUGGGGAGAAACUCUAUAAAUGUAAUGAAUGUGGCAAAGCCUUCAGUAAUAGUUCACAGCUUACUUUACAUCACAGAAUUCAUACUGGAGAGAAGCCUUAUAAAUGUAGUGAAUGUGGCAAAGCUUUCAUUAACAGCUCAUUCCUUACUCUACAUCAAAGAAUUCAUACUGGAGAAAAACCAUAUAAAUGUAAUGAAUGUGGGCAAGCCUUCCGUCAUCCAGGAAAUCUUACUGAACAUCGGAAAAUUCAUACUGGGGAGAAGCCCUAUACAUGUAGUGAAUGUGGAAAAUCCUUCAGUCGUAGUAUGUACCUUACUCGCCAUCAGAGGGUCCAUACUGGAGAGAAAUGCUAUAAAUGUAAUAUGUGUAAUAGAGCCUUCCAAAAUAGCUCUUCCCUCACUUUACAUGAGAGAAUCCAUAGUGGAGACAAACCCUACAAAUGUUUUGAAUGUGGAAAAGCUUUCAGCCAGGGACUAUACCUUACUCGUCAUCAAAGAAUUCAUACUGGGGAAAAACCGUAUAAAUGUAAUGAAUGUGGUAAGGCCUUCAACCAGUCUGCCGGUCUUAUUCAACACCAAAUAGUUCAUACAGUAGACAAACCCUAUAAGUGUGAUGAAUGUGGAAAAACCUUCAGUCGGCAAGGAAGUGUUAUCCAACAUCAGAGAAUUCAUACUGGAGAAAAACCCUAUGUGUGUAGUGAUUGUGGAAGAGCCUUCACCCAUAGCUCAUCCCUUGCUGUACAUCAGAGAAUUCAUACUGGUGAGAAGUCCUAUGAAUAAUCACCAUUUUAUUCAUUCACUCUCUCCUUGCCCGCCCGCCCCCCAUGGGGAAAGAAAAACCUAGAAAAAACUGAAAUGCUCAAAGAUUGGGUAAUCACUGAGCGGUGACAUCAUCAUAACGGAAUAAUGAGUCUCAGAAUUUCAAAGUUGAAAGAGACUUGAGAAGCAUGUAUUGCAACAACCUCAAAAAGAUCAUCCAGAAUUUCUUUAGAUCUCCAUAAAGGGAAAACCCACUACUUCCUAGGGCAGCCCAUUCCACUAUGCGAUAGCUCUAAGUCGUUAGGAAUUUAAUUGCGUUUUUUCAACCUCUUUCCAUUACUCCUCGUUCUACCUUCUGGGGCCAAGUAGCAGAACACAUGGAACACUUCUUCCAUGAGGUAGUCCUUUACAUACUUGAAUAUGUCUGUCAUAUGCCCCCUACAUCUUUUCUAUUCUAGGCCAAAUAUUCACACUUAACUUUAGUCCAUCCUCGUAUGGCAUGGAUUUAAGGCUUUUUGAUAUCCCGGCUGACUUUUCUGCUCACCAGAUUAUCAGGGUACCUGGGAUUGAAAAAAUAUUCCAAAUGUGGUCUGAUCAUGGAGGAGCAUAACAAGACUAUUACUUCCUUCCUUUUUUAAAAUUAGCUUUUUUUGCUGUUAUAUCAUACUGUUGUUGACUCAUAUUGAGUCAACAUUAAAAUCCUCAGAUAUUUUUCAGAGAAACUGCUGUCUAAAUAUUCUUCCCUCAUUUUUUAUUUGUGAAAUCAGUUUUUUUUUUUAAACCCCACAACUUGGCACUUGUCUCUAUUAUAAAUAUCAACUUAUUAGGUUCAGUCUACUAUCCUAACUAGUCAAGAUAGUUUGGAUCCUAUCAUCAUCUAUUGUGUCAGCUCUCCCUCCUGGCUUUACAUCGUCUGCAAAUCUGAUGUGUGUGAUUAUGCCUUUUUAACCAUUUCAUUUAUGUUAAUAGUGCGAGGCCAUGCACAAUACCUAGGGAGGAGGGAUCCUGAUUAAAGGAUUGUUUUAAACCACUCAAGGCUCAUAUUCCACAGCACUGCUCCCAUUUCAAAGGUGAUUGACAGUGACUCAAUGGACACAUGUAGACACAGUUCCUCCUGUACUUGCUAAUCAUUUGUUCCAGUUGCCUUGAACUGAUUGUGCAUAAGCACGCUGAUUAUUUCCUUAACUCUGGUUGGCAGUUCCUUAGUAGUAUCCAUUUUUGUCUGCCAUUUUCAAUUUACAGGUCAGUUGGCAGAGAAACUGGAAGCAAACUAAGAAUUGAGUAGUUUCUCAUCAGUUAUCCCAUCUAGCUCAGGGAGCAGCCUUAUGCCAUCUUUGUUCCUCCUCUUUACUCCAGUAUAGCUAAAUAAAAGAUGUUUUGUUGCCGUUAGUUUUAUUUGCCAACCUCGGCUCAUUCUGAACUUUGGCGUUUCUGACUUCAUUCUUCUGAUUCUAUAUCAUACUUUUUAUUCUUCUUGUUACCUUCCCUUCCUUUGUCUUCUGGACGUGUCUUAAGAUGCAAAUUUUAUGGUGAAUUUCCUGUGGGUCCAUAUCAGUCUCUUCAGGCCUGAAUGAAUGGCAGUUUCUCUUUGUGUCUUCAGAAUUUCAUUUGGAAACACUUCUUAUAUUCCUCCUGUACUGACUUCCCCUGGAAACUUUUGGUUCAUGGGAUCCUGUCCUUUGAAAGUAUAUACGACAACAUUAAAAAUGAGAGGAACAUUACAAAAUACAUUAAUAUCCAUACAAUGUCAAGAGAGCUAGAGGAAGCCUUCUCUCCCCAGAAUGUUGUCGUGUUCCCUCCUUCCCAGAUUUGUGGAAUCAUAGGAAUAGCAGCACCAGAUGAAACCGUAUGAAUGGUUUGCAAUCUGCACCUUUGGAGGAAGUCUCCCCCCCCCCCCCACUCCCAUGAGAUCAGAGGUUCAUGGAAAUAUGAAAAAAUGCUUCUCUUAAAAUUAUGAAAUAACAUGAAUCAAACCAGAAGCACAAAACUCAUGCUGAUUACAACGGAAUAGGAGGGAGGAGAAUAUACACAAAUAUGUAAAGAUGAUUUGACAUUUAAUACAGACAUGGAAUAACUAAUAAACUUAUGGAUGUUUUAAAUGUUGAAAUUAAUGUAUUGAACUGUAAAUAGUCAAAAUCUUUCAUUAAUUUUGUUAAUGUUUAAAGUUAAGCUAGUGAUAAAUUAUUUAAAAAUAAACAAUGGGACAAGAGAAGAGAGAAUGAAGGACUUAUUACAUCUAGAAAAGCACCUUUGGGGUAGAGGGAAUGAAAAUUGCUCUCUAAGUUUGGUGAUAGAGUAGGAUGAGUUGUUCUAAGACCAGAAAAGCUGGCUUACCACUAAAUAAUGGUUAAUUUUUUUCCUUCUCCCCCCUCCACCCAACAUCUAGUUACAGGGAUGGGCUCAUAGGAAUUUUCAGGUGCAGUGAUGCUCUGUCAUGGUAGUCGUUCGUUACUUAACACAACUUUAGUUCUGGUAUGCUUGGAUUCUAACCCCCGACGUUCCAUGUCUCCAAAUUGCUCAAAGACCUGCUACAGCCUCCUACUCUUCCCCAACAUUGCCCCAUUACUGCAAAAUUACCAUUCUUUCAAUAUAGAGUCCAUAUAGUUUAUAUAAAUCACUUAAUUUCAUCUGUAGGAUAAUCAUGAAUUACUGUGAUUCCACAUUAGACAAUGCUAAAAUGAGAAAAUGUAUAAAGGUACCAUGCAGCUUCCAUCUAUUGGUAUCAUUAGCUAGUCAUGAACUUUCAGAAGGACCAAUGGAUCCCCUUCCACAGUUUAUCCCUCCUGGUAGUAUCCAUCAUUUAGUCCAAAUGACUCAAUUGAUAGCAUUUUAGGGGAAGGGAAUCGGGAUGAGAGUCUUUUCAAAGUACUGUAUGCAUGUUGGUCCAUCCAUGGGGAAUGCGCUGGAAGAAGGAAUUCUUUGUAUCCUUAAUGACUUUUGGGGAAAUCAUCACAUGAUUUGAAAUCCCAUGGAGACACUGUUAAUUGUAUCUAAAAUCAACAAGAGUUUGACGAGAGGUGGUCUUGGAGCAUGGUAUACCAUCUGGUAGUAGGGUAUCGAGCACGAGGUCCAACUGAAGUGAGGACUUGGUUAGUUUGUUCUUCUGCCAUUUUAAUCCUAAAUUUCUGAGUAAAGCCUUAGGGCUGGGCAUUCUAUGUGCUUGGAGCCAGAGCCUAGUACGAAACACCCUGAAGUGUGGGGAAAUUGGAGCAUAUCUAUCAUCUGGGGAUUCCAUAGCUAUUGGAACUAUGGAUAAAGUUGUAUUGGAGGCCCAUCCUCUGAUAUGCCUCCAGGUUUUUGAAUUUUGGAAUCUAGAGUUUUGAAGAGAACCUCCAUAUUUUCAUAAGCAUUCCCCUCCUCUCUCCUCCCAUUUCCAUGAGAAUUUGUUCUGAUCCUAGUCUCAGAGACCCCUCCACUCCUUUGUUUUUGUUCUUCUGUGGGUUCAGCUCUUACCUGAAGGAAGAUGCAGUGCACACACACACACACACACACACACACACACGCACAGAGGCAUCAGUUCCUAAAGGUGAGACUCAAGUCACAGAAUCAUAGAAUUUGAAAAUGAGGCCAUUCAGUACAACCUGUCCCCAAAGUUUAUCUCCAGUAUAACACAUCCUAAAAGUGAACACCCAGGCUGCUUGAAGACCUCCAAGCUAGGAGAAACACCUGAGGCAACCCAUUCCAUCCCUGGGCAGUUCUAAUUGUUGGGACUUUUUCCCCCUGGAUGUUAAGCCUAAAUUUGUCUCUCUUGCGAUACCUGUCCAUUGUCUGGUUCUGCCCUCCAGGGCUAAACAGAACAAAUCUAAACUCUUUGGCAUGAAAGCCUUUCACUUGAAAUAGCUUUCAUGUCUUUGUUCAGUCUUCUAGACUAAACAUCCCAAGGUCUUUCAGCCAUUCUACAUAGAUAAACAGUGAAAGCUCUUCGCCGUCUUGGUUGCCCUUUUGUGGAUACUCUGGGAUAUCAAUGGCUUCCUUAUACAGCAUUGCCUAGGAUUGAACCCAAGAUUCCAGAAGAGGUCUGACUAGGGUGAGAUUCAGAGGGACUACCAACUCCUUUUUCCUGGACUCUAUCUUUGGCUCCACUCACAGGAAGGACUUGGGGAAAUACUGGAAAGAUGGGAGUAUCUGAAUCUGCUGUCUUCUGAAGCUCUGAAUUCCACCCCUGACCUUGAUCCUGGAGACAUGGGAAGAAAAAAGACCAACAAGAUAGAUGUGAGAGUUUACAUAAGAAGUGGCUCUUGAAUGGGAUUGGCGAAACCAAUGGGAACAGUGUAGUGAUUCCUAAGCAAGAGUGAUGGGACUGUUCAAAUGGGAGCUGGAAAUUGGGGAGCCAAAUGCAUUGGGAAUUAAUGACUUAUUUUACAUUCCUUGAUUGUGUCUUUGUUCUAAAUGCCCUCAUUUACUUUUAAGCCAGCAAAUGUAACUUUAAAAAAUUUCUAGCCCCAAACUCCUAAAUUGCCGGUUGUGUUUCACUCAGUCCUGAUCCAUUUAGAGAAUAGGCAAGAGAAGAAAGGGAAAUUCAUUUAUCAUCUUUUUGAGAUGAGAUAUUUGGUUCAUCUGGACCUUAACCAGGGCUGAAUUUGAGAGGAAGAGUAAAGUGAAAGAACUGGAAGAUUUUUCACAAAUCUCACCAAAACACCCAAUAUAACCCUCCAUUCCUCUUGGGGAUGGGGUAGGGGAGGGAAGCCAGAAGCGUUGCAAAAUGGAGAAAUAAGUUACUGCCUUAGAGUGAGCAGUCACUUAAUAAAUGCUUAUUGAAUAAUUGAUAAAGGCUUUCCCAUAUUCAUUACACGGACAGUAUCACACAAUUUCUGAAGCUCUUGGAAAAGAAUUCCUUCUCGGUUGACUGUACAAAUGGUCACCUCGCCUCUGCUUGAAGAUUUCCAGUAAGGGGAAACCAUUACCAGAGGCAACACAUUCCCUUUACGGGUACUUCUAGCUAUUAAGUUUUCCCUCAUACCAAAGUCUAAAUUGAACUCAGCAAUUUCUUCUCAUUGUCCCUGAGGUCAAGCAUCAAUAAGCAAAUACACAUGUAAUGAGCUCUGUGCCAAGCACAAUACAAAGUCAAGACAAUCGCUGCCCUCAAGGAGUUUAUGUUCUUUUAAAAAAAAAAAUUCAUUCAUUAUGAACUUAAAAGUGAUUAACAAACACAAAAGCUUUCAUAUAUAAAAGACAGAAAAAGAAUAGCAUAUGUAACAAGGACUAGUCAAUGAUAGCCCAGCUCUUGGAAACGUGUGAUGAGCAUGGCUUAUGGAAAUACUCCAUAGAAAUGUUGGAGCCUGCACAGAUAGUCUAAUUCCAGUUCAAGAAUUCCAUUGGAGAAGAAUUGGAUUUUUGAUUGGUUAAUGAGUGAGAACAGGGAGUAGAAGUAAAAGAUUCCCAGGGAGCAGCUAUCCCCUUUUCUAGUCUCUAGGGAUGAAUGAUGAUUGGCUGGGUGAGAGGGGCUUUGUUUUAAGUCAUACCUUGCAAAUUUUCAUAUGAGCUGGGCUCUCAUAAGCCAGACUGCUAGACAUCCAAGCCAAUCCACCAUUGAAAAUAUCAACGUCAAUAUUAUCCUUAGUUUACUGUAUUUAUUGUACAAGGUCAUUUAUUUUAGUAAUUGGGAUAGAAUCUGCCUAAAACCAUCCUUCUAUGUCCUUGAGUUAAACUCGGGAAUUCAGCUUUCCCUAGGAGUUAGUUUAAAGGUAUAAAUAAAGGAAAAAUUCUCUCAUACCAUUAGCACCUGGGAUAGCUACUUGUUAAGACCCAGCAAGCUAAUCUGGUGCCAUACACCAAAAUAUAUAUCAUGUGUCUUUGACUGUCCUGGCAUCCUUAGGGGGGAAUCUGAUCCAGUUGUUUUGAUGUCUUAGCAAAGAUCACAGGGGGCAGAAGGAUCCCAUAAAAUAAUUAACAUGCCUUAAUUAUCAGAAAGAACACAAUUAGCCUUUCCUGAAUGCCGACCCACUUUUCUUAGGGUAGCCAAUUGUAAUGUUCCACAACUACGAAGGCCCCCCAUUGUCGCUGCUGGCCUUACUGAGGUGACCAGUCUGACUUGUUUUGUUAACAGUUAUAUACAUCACUGCUAAUAAAGUGACUUUGGUCAAAGUGUUUACAUCAGUUUAUUUUAUUGAAUUUACUCGACCACCAUGUAUAACAAUUUAAAAUUUAUAUAUUAAAUUUAACAUGGUAGUACCAACACUGUCCUUCUUGUCUGCCACUUGCUAAAUUUCCUUCUGCUCUUCUACUUUUUCUCACUGAUUUUUUUUUCUGCAUCACUAUAACUGUCACUCCCCCAAUAACACUCCCUACCAUAAACAAAAGCCCUCCUUUCUACAAAAUAAUACAACCAAUAAAACAAAUUUGCUUUCUGUUUGGCAGUAUCUAAAAAUAUAUGAAUUUUUCUUUCAAAGCUCUUGUCCUUUACAACUCUAAUCAGUGUGUAUGGCACAGAAGAUAGAAUUAGAUUUGAAAUCAGAAAGAUCAGAAUUCAAAUCCUUCCUCACUUAGUAAUUUUAAGACCUCCAACAUGUCUUUGCUUGUUUCCUCAUCUGUAAAAUGAAGAUAAUAUCAUCUGCUUCUAAAGGGUUGUGGAAUUAAAUAAUAUAAUUAACAAUUUAUAUGUUAAAUAUUUGUGUAUAUUAUUUUGCAAACUUUAAAAGUUUAUGUAAAUGCUAUUUAGUAUGAUGAUGAUGCAUAUAUUAUUCCUCUUGGUUCUGCUCACUUCACUCUGAUUUUUUCCCUUCUAUUUUUCCUAUUCUGACACCAACUCAAAUGAGCCCUGUCACAUAAUGAUGAGGAUAAUGAUGUUUAUGGCAUGACUAUAACGCCAUAAGGUUUGUACAGCUAUUUCCAUUUUAUCCUAUACAAAACAGCACACAGUAUUAUGGUACCUAUCUCACUUUAUCUUUAUUUUAAUCAUCGUUAUACACAAUUUUCUCUUAUACACAGUAGAACAUAGUAUCACACACCCACGAUUUUAUCAUUAUUAAAUAUACAUAAUCUCAUUGUCUUAUACGUAGUAAAAUAGAAAAAGCAUUGCACGUUUAAACUGAAUCUAUUAUAUACAGCUUGAUUUCCUUUUAAAUAUAUUUCUAUAAUAAAUUGAAUACGAAGCUUUCAAAGCUGUUUUUGUCUGUCCUGGCUUUUUUGUUUGUUUUCUUCUCUGUACAGUUAAAAAAUGUUUAAUAUUUUUUAUAUAGCCUAAAUUUUCUUCAUCCCUCCAUUUUGCUUCCCAGAAAGCCACCCUAUUUAAGUAUAUAGUUUUCAAAUUUUAUUUUUAUUGUCAUGCACACGCAUAGAAAAUCAAAGUUCCAAAGUAAAACACAAAUACACUGGUGUGAAAGGGGACUCCCAGCUUUUUCUCUGGAGGUGGAUAGCGUAAGUCUUUCAGGAUUAUGUACGUAUGAAUACGUAUAAUUUUUUUUUUAAGGAAAAGAGGAUGAAGAGAAAGAAUCAAAACUGAGCAGUACACGAUCUCCCACCCCCGUGGGCUUCUUUGGAGCCAUGAUAAUGCUCUGUCCUUCUUCAGGGGUUUUGUGGUUACUGGUUUUUUGUUACAUUAUUAUUGUCGUUGUAUUUAUUGGUUUCCUUCCUUUUGCAUCAGUUCAUGUAGCUCUUUCCAUGUAGUUUUGCAGCAUAUUCUUACAGCUCUUAUAUUAUAUGCACAUACAUUUUAAUAUACACCACACCCAUCCCUUCUGUCAUUUCUACUAGACUAAUAAUAUUCCUUUAUUUUCAUAUGACAUAAUUUGGUCAGCCAUUCACCAGCUGAUAGGCACCCAUUUUGUUUCCAGAUCUUUGGUAUGAUGAAGAGAGAUAGAAGUAGGAGUAUGCUAGGGCGGGUUCAAACUGGCUCUGAAGAGCCAAUAAUAAAUUUUCAGUGUGAGCAUUUACAUUUUGGUAAGCUACAAGCUGGGGCUUAAUUUGUUUUGUUAAUGGUUUAGGCUUAAGUGAUGGAGAAAUGUUAAUAAUGUAGAUUAAACAAGGGAGUAGUGCCUAGAUCUUCCUCAGAGCUGGUUGUUAAACAUUUAUCAGCACGUCCCUGGGUAUAAGUCUAGUAGUAGUAUAACUGGUUGCAUGGCUAGGUACAGUUAAGUGACCAUAAUGCCAUGUUCCUUUCCAGAAUUACUAGAUCUCUUUGCAGAUCCACCAAUAGUGCGUCAGUGGGCUGUCUUCCAACAACUGCCAUUUUCUGUUUUUUCAUCUUUGUCUAUCUGGUGAAUGUGAGAUAAACUCAGAGCUGUUUUAGCUUUCAUAUCUUUUAUGAUCUGAAUAAUUUUUUCCAGGAAACUACGUAGAGGUCUUACUCUUUUGAGAAUUACCUGUUCAUAUCUGUUGACCGCAAGGAGCUUACCCAUAUGGGGAGCAGUGGUGGAAAGUAUAUUUUAGCUUGGAAAAUUAGUGUUGGUAAACUGGCUCAUUGGAGACUAGAUUGACAUGCCAUUUUCAGGAGAAAUAACAUAGUUGCUUUGACUAUGGUUCAGAACUGGAAAGAGGGGAGAACACUGAGCAGUAUCGGAGUUGGUGAGCAGAUUCAGGGAGUGAUGUGAAACAUGGUUAGAUCUAGAUCUAGAUGGAGAGGGCAACACUGAUGUGUUUCAUUUUUCAGUCAUGUCUGACUCUCUGUGACCCCAUUUAUGGUUUUCUUGGAAGAGAUAUUAGAGUGGCUUGUCAUUUCCUUCUCCAGUUCACUUUACAUAUGAAGGAACUGAGGCAAAUGAGGUUAAGUGACACCCAGCUAGUAAGUAUCUGGGGGCACAUUAGAACUCAAGAAGAUGUCAUCCUGACUUCAUGCUCAGCACAGCACUACUUAGCUGCCCUGGUGAGUAACUUAGGCAAGCACCAAUCCCAGGGAAGGAAUUCCAGAUAAACUGGGAAACAAGGCUAAUUGCUUUUCUACCAUAUCCCUUUAAAUACCCGAAGAUACUUACCUUAUCUCUGAUCUCACCCCCAUCCUCACACUCCCAAAUCUUCUCUUCCCUAGGCUAAAUAUCCCCAAUCACUUUAACCAAUUUUAGUUUGAAUUCAAGGUUCAUCAUAUAGGUAUGGAUUAGAUGGUCUCUGGGGAUCCUUCUUAAUCUGUGGCUCUGAUUCAAUUAAUUUGAAAUGUUUCCUCUAAUACUUAGAAGGAAACUGUUGAGAACUUUUACUGAUAAUUUUCCUCAGGUCUUAUUUUUAAAAUAAAUUAUUUUAUUUUCAAAUAAUAUUGUCAUGUUUAUAGUUGGUGAUUUUAGCAUCCAAUUAGUUGACUUUUAAUUAGCUUUGAUGCUUUUCUUUUUACAAAUUCAAAAGAAUAAGCAUUGGAAGGGACCUCAGUGACCAUCUACUCCAACCCAUAGAUGAAAGGAAUCCUCACUACAAUACACUCAAGGACAGGUUAUCCCAAAUCUGUUUGAAGAUGUCCAAAUAGAAUUCACAAACCCUGGAGGAAAGCCAUUUCCAUUGGUGAACAGCUGUAAUUGUUGGGAGGGUUUUCCCCGACAUUGUCUUCCUUUGAUCUUUUACCCAUUAGUCCUACUACUGCUCUGUGGGGCCAAGUAGAACAAGUAUAAUCCCUUCCUCCAUGGGCAGCCUAUGGAAUACAGUACUGGGAAGAUCAUUGUCACCUCCCCAAGUCCCUAGCCUCUAUUCUCUCCUCUGGGCUAGUCAUACCAAGUUCUUUCAACUGAUCUUCAUGUGACAUAAAUUCAAGGCUCUUUACCGUCCUUUUGACUAUCACUGUCUUACUCCAGAUAAGGUCUGACCGGGGUGGAGAACAGUGAGAUAGUUUUCAAUUCUUUGAAGAGUCCAAUGUUGACUUCAGGUUAAAAUGGCAGCUUAGAAGCAGCAAAAGUUGGGUCCUCUGUGAAAUCCUUUCCAUACCAAUCAAAAACAAAGUGCUUCAAGGGGGACAUAAAAUCAAAUCUAACAAUAGGACAGAGCCAGAGGACCCUCCUGCUUGAUUCAACUUGAAAGGUACGCAGAGAAGGUUGAUUUCUCAGGUUUAAGGAAAAGAAAGAAGGAAGGCCCCAGGGCCCUCCCCCACCUACUGUGCUGAGUCUCUAGCAGUUGUUGGAAUCUCCAGUGAGGGCUCCAGGCCCAAGGGAGUACCCUGCUGCCACACCUGGGCCAGGCUGAAGGUGCUGACUACAUCAGGCAGGAAGGCAGCUGGAGGAGCUGCUCCAACAGGGGGACAGCUUGGUCCCAGACACCACUCUCCAUCUUGGCAGCUUCUUGAGGGUUUGGCUUCCGGCACAACCAGCUCCACAGAUCAGCUCCAACUGGCUUAAUCUAGUCUAUCAAUAGAGCAGAUAAGAAGCCUUCAGAGGGCAAGGAAGCUCAAUUUCCAACACCCCUCCACCACGGACUGCACUGAGAACCACAGUAAGUAUCGGGCUGACUGGGAUCCCAGAGUGAAGGCUGACAGAAUUCUUUGAUAACAGGAUGGGAAGCCCAGCUCCUUCAACCUCCACACCUUCACUUACACCUUCAGCUUCUUCUGCCUGCUGGAGAAGAUCUGACCUCAGGACUCAUUAAUAUUCCAUCAGCCUAAUCUAGUCAGAGAAGAAGUCCCUUCAGGACAGAAUAGCCCAAUCCCACAGAUCCAGCAAAUAAACAGAGGAGCAAGAUUACAGCCAAUGACAGGGGGAAAGAAGUAAAAAAUAUGAGCAAACAAAAGAAAAAGAAAAAAUAAAUUACAAUCGACAGCUUCUAUCCAGGUAAUGAACAAAGAGCAAAUGGAACAAAGGAGGACCAAGGAACACCAAGCAAAAAAUGCAGAAACUCCAGCGAACUAGGCACAGGCUUUGGAAGAACUCAAAACAUGUUUUGAAA